AUGUCUAUGUGGAUCAUAAAUUUAAUUUAUUCUAAAUUGAUUAAUAAUACUGACGAGCUAGAAACGAUAUUAAUUUCACCCGCAAGAUGGUUGGCUUCAUGUUUAAUACCAUUACCAUUAGCAAUAUAUGGAUAUAGAAAGAAAAGUGUUAACAUCAGUGGAGCUUUGCUCGGAAUAGUAUUAACAUUUAUAUUAACUUUGUCCAAUUAUUGCUUUUUAGCUGACUUAUUAGUGUUUUUUUUUACCUCUUCCAAAGCAACUAAGUACAGACCUCAUUUAAAAAGAAAAAUUGAAGAAGAUUUCAAGGAAGGUGGUCAAAGAAAUUGGGUUCAAGUACUUUGUAAUGGAGGAAUGGCUGCUCAACUAGCCCUUUUGUACUUAUUAGAUGUUGGUGCUUCUGAAAAACCAAUAGAUUUUGAAAAGAAUUACAGGUCAUCUUGGCUCAGCAUAGGAGUUUUAAGUGUUUUUGCAUGCUGUAAUGGUGACACAUGGGCCUCUGAAUUAGGAACUGUUUUAAGUAAUUCUGAUCCAUUUCUUGUUACAUCAUGGAAGCGAGUGCCAAAAGGAACAAAUGGAGGAGUAAGCCUUGUGGGGACAAUAUGUAGUACUGUUGGAGGUCUUCUUAUUGGAUUUUCGCACUAUUUGACAAUCAUAUACUUUUCUGAUAGAAACUUAUUUAUGUAUGCCCCUCCACAAUGGCCCAUUAUUUUAUAUGGAGGGCUUGGAGGAUUUAUUGGGAGCCUUAUAGACUCUCUAUUGGGUGCAACUUUGCAGUACUCUGGUUUGGACAAGGAUGGUAAAAUAGUGUCACAUUCGAAUAUUAGUGUAAAGCACAUAAGUGGAAGAAAUAUAUUGGAUAAUCAUAGUGUGAAUCUCCUUUCUACAAUAAUUAUGGGACUGCUGAUGCCUACCAUAAUUAAAAACUUU